CGAGGAUAUUCUACAACCCGACAUGGCAGAAGCAGACCAGCAGCAACGGUCACUACGAGCUCCGCCCAUCAGCGUGCAGCCGCCGUCACCGUUCCUGCAGUUUCCCGGCGAUCCUCCAGUCGAGUGGUCUCGAUGGUAUCAUGAAUUUGAAACAUAUUUGCUCGCCGCAAGUCUUGAUGCUUUGCAUGAUCGUCGAAAAAAGGCUCUUUUGGAGCACUGCUUGGGUACAGAGGGUCAGCGAGUGUUAGCCACCCUGGACGUCUCACAACAGCAACCAGCAAGCGACGAGCAACAGCCUGCUGAAGCACAACAGUAUCAGCGCAUUGUCAGCGAACUCACAGCACACUUCGGCACACAGGCAACCGUGAUCACUGAGCGACAUCGAUUCCGUCAGCGUUCACAGGCCGCGGGGGAAACCAUUAAGCAAGACGUCUCCGCCCUCCGCCAGUUAGCAGCGAGGUGUCAAUUUGGCGUUCUUCAUAAUCAAAUAAUUCGCUAUCAACUUAUCGAAAAGACAACGUCUUUGGCAAUUAGGGAACGACUUCUCCUCGAAAAGGACGAUUUGUCAUGCACGAAAGCACUGGAAAUCGCCUGCCAAGUGAAAUCCGCAAAGCAGGAAGCCAUGCAGAUGGGCGGGACCUCAUCCGCAUCUGCACAACCCACAACAAGUGACAUACAGAGAGUAGCACGAAAACCAAAACAGCCAAACAGACGCCUCGAUUACCGCGACAUGGUCGAUCUGCAUCACAAUCUUCAACUCAACCGGCCGAAACGUCUCCGUAUUGCGGAAAUUGCGGUAUGUCAGGCCACAAAUCUGGGAAAUCAUCUUGUCCUGCAAAGGGAAAAGAAUGCUUUAAUAAAGAUUAAAGAACAGUAGGCUAAAAAUCACACAAUACAACCUACUCAGGAACCCGUCUUUCUCAAAAUCGCGUGACCGAGAUUAUGUCCCGUACGCCAUC